UUAAAUUAUUAAUUAAAAAAAAAGGUUUGAUUUUUGGUGUUACGAAUAAAGAAAUGACUCAUCAUCGUUAUCCUACAAUACUCUCUCUCUCUCUCUCUCUCUCUCUAGCUCUGCCUCUCUAAACCACGGAAUCAUCUAACCUCAAUUCCUAAAUCAAAGUUUCGAAGAUUCGUUUGGACGCUGGAAACAACUGGUUUCCCCGACUGCCUAAUUCUUUUCAUCGAUUUGAUUGAGCCCUAUUGUAAUGGUAUGGUAUAUAAUUUAUGUCAUCAACUUGAUUGAGGUGGAAGGAAGUUGUUGAGAUUAUGGAAAAUUCACAUGAAAGUUCAGAUGGACACAGACCAUCUGAUAAUGGAUUCUUGCCUGAUAGUCAUCACCCUUAUAAACACAAGGUAUCAUUACCGUGGCUCGACUUAAAAGUUUUUUAUGUUAGAAUCAGCAGAUGUGUACUCGAUGAUUCUACUCCCGAGCACCUCACUUUAAAUCAUGUUCCUUUGGAUCCUGAUACUCUGCUUGAAGUUAAUGGUGUUAGGACUGGUAUCUAUUCAGAUGGGGAAACGACCCUUCUUCGAAGGGAUCGGUUAGAUAAGAAAUCUGAAGAAGUGACAUUUGUAAGUACCGAUAAUAUAAGGAUCACUGGAAGUGUGAAAUUUGAGGUCAUUGAUAAGGAUGUCCUUUUGUUGUCCGGAGUUUUAGACUUGUGUAAUAGUAAUGGUUUCACUAAGGAAUCAAAUCAUCACGGCCAAAGAUGGAUAAUGGAUUGCGAAUCAAAUAUAAUUGUUGGGACUAGCUUUCUCAAAGGGAAGCAAUUGAUGGCUGCAGACACUGCUUCACCGACAAUUGAGGUAUAUAUCGCUGGGUCAUUUUUUCGAACUCCACUUAUCUUAACAAAGACUUUGCAACUUUGUUCUAAGAAGAAGCACACAAGAAUGGCAUUGUUAGAUUCAAUACCCGAGUACGAGGCAACACAAGACCAGAAAGAAGCUCCUUCCAGGCUAGCAUUGCAGGUGGCAGAAUAUCCACACGAAAAGCCAAAGACCGAAGACUAUAGCAUGUACUCGGGGGGAGCAUACUUGGAAGGUGAAGAUGGAGAACUUUCAUGGUUCAAUGCCGGUGUGAGAGUAGGCGUCGGCAUUGGCCUCAGUGUAUGUCUAGGAAUUGGAAUUGGAGUUGGCUUAUUGGUUCGUACGUACCAAGGAACCACCAGAAACUUUAGAAGACGUCUAUAGUAACCCGCAAAUUUUCUUGUUUGUCAUUGUAGCAGGGAAUGUCUCUUAAUGAUCCGAAUUUCGACAUCAAAAAUCGUUUUUGUGAUAUAGCAUUUACUAUUCAGAGCUCAUAUUUGCUGGUAGCUGCAAGCAGUUGAUGCUUCCAACUUACUUUUAUUCUUUCUUUUUUUACCUUUUUGAUGGGGUUUGGUUAUAUAAUAAGUAGCUUGUGUUUAAAGUGUAUAGUGAUGAAAGCAGAAACAUUUGCUGGACUUGAUUUUCAAAGGGAAUAUGAGUUUUUUAAGUUACAA